AUGCGUCGCUCCGGAGGAGAGACGGUGGAAUCCGUGCACUCCUCCACUCGAACGCCGUCCAGGUCUCAUCUCGCUGCUCGCGGGGAAACCAACUCGGAGACCUUUCCGAUCACUUCGAUGCAAUUCAAUAUACGUGACCCACUUCAACCACCGAAUGGAGAAGCGACUAUGCGGCUGAUAGAAGAAGAACUGAGCGUCGGCUCCAGUACACCUUUAGCAACGGCCUGCCUGCCUGCGGGAGUGGAUUUUGGACUGCAGGAACAUCUCCAUGGUCGACGUAAGGGCGAAGGCUGGACAGUCACCAUUGGCGCUGGGUCGCAAGACAUGAUAUACAAGGGUGUGAACGCGCUCAUGAACCCGGGAGACGUCGUUCUGGUUGAGGCGCCUGUUUAUGCAGGGGUGUUGACGAUAUUUCACGAACUCAACGCUGAGAUACUUGAGGUCAAUACGGAUGGUAAUGGUGUGUGCUCGCACAGAAUGCGCGAGAUUCUGAGAAUUGGCCGCCAUCAAACCGAAACCGAAGCUGUUUUACACGGUCCCGUACGGCUCAAUCCAACCGGAAGCACCACGACGUCCGAGCGGCGCCUCGAGGUUCUGGCCCUGAGCAGAGAGCAUGACUUCUUCAUCUUGGAAGAUGAUCCAUACUGUAGUCUCUACUUCGGCCCGUCCAACAGACCGCCGUUCUAUUUUGCACUCGAAAGAGAUCAGCCAGAAGUAGGCCGCGUGCUCCGCUUCGACAGCCUGUCCAAAACCAUUUCGGCGGGGUUGCGGGUCGGCUUCGCGUCUGGGCCCGAGCCCAUCUUGAGAGUCAUGGACCUGCACAGCGCGGCGGUGAACAUGCAGCCACCGACCUUCUCGCAAGUGAUCGCGCUCAAGAUUCUUUCGGCGUGGGGGUACAACGGCUUUACAGCGCACACGGCGCAGUUCUAUCGCGAGAAGAGGGAUGUCUUCGAGGCCGCGAUGCAACGUCAUCUCGCGGGGUUGGCAGAAUGGACCCCGCCCGAGGCGGGCAUGUUCUUCUGGUUCAAGCUCCUACUGAACGAGCCAGGAUCGGGAGAAGAGGCGGAGGGCGACUCGGAGUACAUCAUCCGCACGACGGCGGUGGAGCGGGGCGUCCUCGCGCUCCCUGGCGCGACGUUCUACCCCAACCCGCGCAAGACGCCGUUCGUCCGUGCGUCGUUCAGCCUACUGCCCGAGAACCAGGUAGACGAGGCGUUGCGCCGCCUGCGCGAGGUCGUCCUGGAGGUGCGGAAGGCCAACAAGCGCGGCUGA